UGCUCCCAGCCCUCCCCACACCCCCCAGACCCCAAAUCUUUCUUUUUCCGCUCCUUUCUCCGGCAUCAGGCCGACACUGACAUCCAGCGGCUGCCGGCAUCGCUCUCGCUCCGGGGCUGUCUCCGGUGCACCGGGAGCUGCCCAGCCCGGCCUCGCCGUGCCCCGGGGCUCCGGGAUGCACCCAGCCGUGCUCCAGCCGCCUGUCCCCAUCGCGGCCACCCCCGUGUCCCCGCAGUCGAUAACAUCGCAGCGGGGUCCGGCCGAGCGCCGAGCCCGGAGCAUCCGCGCAUCCCCGGGGGUGACACUGGGACACCCCCGGGCUCCAAGGUCGCGGUGACAAAGGCACGGCGAGCUCGCGGUGACCCCGCCAUUGCCCUGGGGACAUUUGUCACCUACUCCCUGCCGGAGCCGGUGGACUUUGAGCCGAGCCUGGGAGCGGCGCUGGGACGAGUCUGGAGACGUCCCAAAGGUCCCCGAGAGGGGCUGCGGACACAGUUGUGGUUCCUCAGCCUCCAGCAUCGCCCCUUCCCUCCUUCCCUCUCUCCCCAGCUUUUGUGGCUCUGCAGUGACUGAAAGGGCAGCGAGCUGCAGGAGGGGCUGGACAGUGCCAGGGAGAAGGUGCAGAGCCCCAGGGAGCAGCUGAAGCAGAGACUAUCACCUGUCCCAGCCUAGGGGACACAUCCUGACUGUGCCAGCACCCUGUGAGGAGCCAGUGGCACCACCAUGUCCCAGGAAGAAGGAGCUGAGGAGCCCUUUGAACACCAUGACGUGGUCAUCAACAGCCAGGACAAGGUUUCAGAUGUCUACACACAGCUAGAGAAGCUCGGGGAGGGGAAGUUUGGGACGGUGUACAGGCUGCAGGAGAAGGCCACGGGCAGGAUCCGAGCUGGGAAAUAUUUCCGAGCGCGCACGGCCAAGGAGAGGCAGGCGGCGCGCGCCGAGGUGGAGCUGAUGAACCUCCUGCACCACCCACGGCUGGUGCAGUGCCUGGAGGCCUUCCAGGAGCCCACCCAGCUGGUGAUGGUCAUGGAGUACGUGGCAGGUGGGGAGCUCUUUGAGCGCAUUGUGGACGAUGACUUUGAGCACACGGAGCCCAGCAGUGCCCAGUACAUGCAGCAGAUCCUGGAGGGGCUGCAGUUCAUGCACGGCCAGGCCAUUGUGCACCUGGACCUGAAACCCGAGAACAUCGUCUGCGUCAGCCCUGGCAGCCACCGCAUCAAGAUCAUCGACUUUGGGCUGGCACGGAGGCUGGCUCCAGACACCCCUGUGAAGGUUCUCCAUGGCACCCCUGAGUUCAUGGCUCCCGAAGUGGUCGCCUUUGAGCCUGUGAGCUUCUCCACGGACAUGUGGAGCGUUGGUGUCAUCUGCUACAUCCUGCUGAGUGGGGAGUCACCCUUCCAGGGGGACACGGACAUGGAGACCCUGAGCAAUGUCACAGCUGCCCGGUGGGACUUUGAGGAGGAGAGCUUCUCGGAGAUAUCCCAGCAAGCCAAGGACUUCAUCGGCCAACUGCUGCAGAAGGAGCCCAGCCGGCGGCUCCCCAGUGCAGGGGCUCUGCUGCACCCCUGGCUGCAGCAGCCCCAGCCCAGCAGCCCCAAGGUGCUGUCCAAGGAGAGGAUCAGGCAGUUCCUGGCGCGGAGGAAGUGGCAGAAAACAGGGAAAGCCCUGCUGGCCCUCAAGAGGCUGACCCUGCUGUCCCAGAACCUGGAGGGGAAGGCAUCAGAGGCUCAGGAUGAGGAAGGCCUAGAGGAGGACCAGCCCUCCAGAGCUCUGCCCCAAGCAGGUGCCAACCCCUCAGAGCUGCCACCAGACCAGGAGGAAGAGGAGGAUGGUGGGAGCACUGCAGCCUCGGGGCAGUGACAGCAUGGCCCUGUCACCCCAUCCUGGAGCACCUGGAGAUGGGGAUGGAGCCCCCCAGUAGCUCCCAGGGUGUCCUGGCCAGCGUGGGGCACACCCAGACCCUCCUGGGGUGAGCU